CGCAAAUCUUUCCUCCUCUAGUCCCCUGCUCUCAUUCGUGCUCCUCCUUUUCUUCUUCAUCAGUCAUCCGGCGGGCAGUCCAUCGCCGUCGAUGGCGGAGCUCAAGCUAUCUUCCGAGACCCGGGACCUCACCCGAGUAGAGCGCAUAGGUGCUCACUCCCACAUCCGGGGCCUCGGCCUCGACUCCGCCCUCGAGCCCCGUGCCGUCUCCGAAGGCAUGGUGGGGCAAACCUCCGCCCGCAAAGCCGCCGGUGUCAUCCUUCAGAUGAUAAAGGAUGGGAAAAUCGCCGGAAGAGCAGUCCUCAUCGCCGGCCAACCGGGCACGGGGAAAACAGCCAUCGCAAUGGGGAUGGCGAAAUCCCUAGGUCUCGAGACCCCAUUCGCCAUGAUUUCCGGAAGCGAAAUCUUCUCCCUCGAGAUGUCCAAGACCGAGGCCCUGAUGCAAGCCCUACGGAAAGCGAUUGGGGUGAGAAUCAAGGAGGAGACGGAGAUAAUAGAGGGCGAAGUGGUUGAAGUUCAAAUUGAUAGGCCUGCGGUGGCCGGUGCGGCGUCCAAGACUGGGAAGUUGACGUUGAAGACGACGGAGAUGGAGACUGUGUAUGACCUGGGGGCCAAGAUGAUUGAGGCUCUAGGGAAGGAGAAAGUGCAGAGUGGAGAUGUUAUCGCCAUUGAUAAAGCGUCCGGGAAAAUCACCAAGCUUGGGAGAUCCUUCGCGAGGUCGAGAGACUAUGAUGCUAUGGGGCCGCAGGUGAAGUUUGUUCAGUGCCCCGAUGGUGAGCUUCAGAAGAGGAAGGAGGUUGUGCAUUGUGUUACCCUCCAUGAGAUUGAUGUCAUCAACAGCAGAACACAGGGAUUUCUAGCUCUAUUCACCGGUGACACUGGCGAAAUUCGUGCUGAGGUCAGGGAGCAAAUCGACACUAAGGUAGCAGAAUGGAGGGAAGAAGGGAAAGCAGAGAUUGUGCCCGGUGUCCUGUUCAUUGAUGAAGUCCACAUGCUCGAUAUCGAGUGCUUCUCUUUCUUAAACCGUGCUCUCGAGAAUGAGAUGUCUCCCAUACUAGUUGUGGCCACCAACAGAGGGAUCACCACAAUUAGAGGCACAAAUUACAAAUCUCCGCAUGGAAUUCCAAUAGACCUGCUCGACCGCCUUCUUAUUAUCACCACCCAACCUUACUCGAAAGAUGAAAUCCGCAAGAUAUUGGAUAUUAGGUGCCAAGAAGAAGAGGUGGAUAUGUCUGAGGAAGCAAAGGCACUGCUCACCCAUAUAGGUGGAGAAACAUCAUUAAGAUAUGCCAUCCAUCUCAUUACUGCAGCUGCAUUAGCAUGCCUGAAGCGGAAAGGAAGGCUUGUGGAGAGUGAAGACAUUACCAGAGUUUACAAUCUGUUCCUGGACGUGAAGAGAUCAGCACAGUACUUGAUGGAGUAUCAGAAUGAGUACAUGUCCAGUGAAGCCCCGGUAGCAGGCGAGGAAGAUGAUGCCAGUGCAAUGGUUCCUUGAAAUCUGAAACAUUCUGCUUUUGCAGCUGGUCUAUCCGGUGACAUGAGGAGUAAACAUUGUGAAUGAAUUGUUAACAGGGAUUCUGUAGGCCCACUGAAAUCGGCAUCUUUUUCUGCGUAGAAGCGUGCAGCAUGUAUUUGUAUUUACAGUCCUGCAAUUUUGCAGUGAGAUGCAUAUGAUCCUCCCUCACCCUUUAGUUCAUCAGGGAAUUGGUUUCUGCUCCAUUAUGUUGAAUAUUAGGGAGUUGGUUGUCUUAAACGACCAUUUCAUCGUUAAUCUGUAGCAGGAAGUGACCCUAAAGCUGAUGGCUGGUUCAUUGUUGUUGGGGUGGUAGGAUGUAGUGACCUCCGGGAAGAAUUUUAUGGCAAUCCUACUCCUCUAUUUGGGUACUUGAAGUGCAAGCAAAUAUCAGAGAAAAACUUAAA